GUCGCCGACUGUCACGUGAUCGGCCAGCGCUCAGUUCCGAGGAAACAGCUGAUUAUUUUACGAGGCAACCUGAGGACAAAAAUCACAUCGAACAUCCGGGAAGCUUCUUCAAGCUGCUUGAACGCAGCGAGAGGUCGCUGUUUGUCUGAAAUCAGUAGGCCUAACACUUACAAAAGAUGAACUUCAGCACAAGUGCCCAUUGCGGCAGUCUCUCUAGCAAAGAAAACAUUCCACCAUCAAGCAAAACAGAUGCAGUGCUGGUCCCGCGGGCCAAGCUGGACCGGUCUGUGCUCGCCGUGUUGUCAGAGAACGAGCAGCGAGGUCGAUCCUGCAGCCAGGGAAGCCAAUUUUCCAAACACAGUUCAAUCUCAGACAGCUCGCAGCUCACCUUCUUUGGUUGUCCCUCCAGUUCCAGCUAUGACGUGUUCGUCGAAGAGGCAUGUGAAGUUGUUCUUGCUGCUUCUGGUCAAGAAGUGGUCUCAGGCAGAUAUCACCCAGAUAGCAAAUCUGCAAACCUGCAAAGUGAAGACCUGAGAUUUCUGCUGGAGCUCAGUUCAACUUCGUGCCAGGAUGCUUCAUUGCAGUCGGAUGAGUCCCUGACGCCAGACGAGGUGCUGUGUGUUUCUGAGUACGCAGAGGACAUUCACUGGCACUUGAGGGAGAGUGAAAUGAGGUUCAGGCCAAAGCCAGGCUACUUGGAGAAACAUCCAGAAAUCACCAAUGGCAUGCGGGUCAUCCUGGUGGACUGGAUGGUGGAAGUCGUCCAGGAAUAUAGGCUUCGUUCUCAAACUCUGCACCUCGCCGUCAACUACUUGGACCGCUUUCUCUCCUGCACGACUUAUGUGAAACGAGGCAAGCUGCAGCUGGUUGGCACAGCUGCAUUACUGAUUGCUGCAAAAUAUGAGGAGAUCUUCCCUCCACAACUGAAUGAGUUUGUGGACACCACAGACAGAACUUACACUAAGAAGCAGUUGGUCCGCAUGGAGCAUGUUUUCCUCAGAGUGCUGGCUUUCAGGAUGACAGUCCCCACCGUCAAUCAGUUCCUUCGCCUAUUCGUGUCCAUCCACUCUGUCUGUGGCACUGAAGAGAACCUCGCCCUGUAUGUAGCAGAAUUAAGUCUGCUGGAAAUUGAUCCAUUCCUAGAGUACAGGCCAUCUAUAUUGGCAGCGGGAGCCUACUGCCUAGCCACUUACACUGUAAACAAAUCUCUCUGGCCUGAUUCCUUACAUGCCUUUACUGGUUACACCAUUGCUGACAUUGUGCCCUGCCUCACUGAUCUCCACAAGCUGUACAUCAGCGCAGAGACUCGCCCACAGCAGGCCAUCAGGGAAAAGUAUAAAAGCUCAAAGUAUUGUCGUGUUUCAUUGAUCACUCCACCUGCUGUUCUGCCUUUCCCAUGAAUCACUGCUACGUCCUUCUUCUCUUGCUUCUGCUUGAAGACAAUUAAACUGCGAGCAAAACAAAGUGAUGACUUGUCCAUCAAACCCAACACACCACUCCUCUGUGGACACCUCACUACCAUGGCAUUUUUUUCUUUUAAUUUAUGCAAAUAAAAUAAAUUAUACUU